GCCAGCCGUUCGGCUGCUUCCGGCGUAAGGCGAACAGCGAUCAUGGAGGCUGAGCCUCCUCCUUUGGAGGAACGGCGGCGGCUGCAGGAGGAGUUGAGCGAGUUCGUAGAGAGCUGCUGCCGGACUCUGGAGGAGGUGACGGCGUCUCUGGGAUGGAGCCUGGAUCAGCUGGACCCUGGGGACGAGGCGGCGGCCGAGGAUGAAAUCACGAUAUGUCCUUACGAUUCCAAUCAUCACAUGCCUAAAUCAUCACUAGCAAAGCACAUGGAGUCUUGCAGAUUGAGGAAGCUGGGCUAUGCCAAAGAGGAAGAGGAUGAAAUGUACAAUCCUGCUUUUUUCUAUGAGAAUUUGAAGAUUCCUUCAGUUACUUUGAAUAAGGAUUCACAGUUCCAGAUAAUUAAACAAGCCAGAACUGCAGCUGGGAAAGAUGGUGAUUGUUACAGUCAAAGAAUGUAUUCUUCAGUACCUGUUGAAGUUCCUCUGAAUCACAAACGAUCUGUUUGUGACCUUACCCAAGCAGAUCGUCUUGCCCUUUAUGAUUUUGUCAUUGAGGAGACAAAGAAGAAGCGCUCUGGUUCUCAAGUCAUUGAAAACGACAGUGAUCUGUUUGUAGACUUGGCUGCCAAAGUCAAUCAAGAUAAUAGCCGAAAAAGUCCAAAAUCUUACCUGGAAAUCCUGGCAGAAGUGAGAGAUUAUAAAAGAAGACGCCAAUCCUAUAGAGCCAAGAAUGUUCAUAUAACCAAAAAGUCAUAUACUGAGGUAAUUCGGGAUGUGAUAAAGGUGCACAUGGAAGAACUCAGUAACCACUGGCAAGAAGAACAGGAAAGAGCAGAAGAUGGUGCUGAAAAGAAUGAAGAAAGGCGAUCAGCUUCAGUAGAUUCACGACAGUCUGGUGGAAGUUAUGUGGAUGUGGAAAAUUCACGACAUAGAAGGGCUCGGAGUAGAAGUCCACACAAACGAAAAAGAAAUAAGGACAAAAAUUCUGAGUUGAGAAGAAGGAAAGAGAGGGAUGGAGAAAGACACCAUAGUCAUAAAAGAAGAAAACAAAAAAUAUAAACAGAAUGUGACUGCAUUAAUUAUGCUUAUGGAAUAAAUAUGCUGAUGUUUUAAUUAUAAUCUUUGCAUAGGAUAAAAUGGCUGUUAUGAUUGUGUAAUACUGAUUAUUUUAAUAAAUGCUUCAAGCCAUGAAUCAAAAUUAUACCCUACAUGUUUAUAUUUUCCUUAAUAUUUUAAUAGAUUCUUAUUACUGUUUGUUUCAUUGUGUUGGUAAUUUAUCAGUUUUCUUUUUUUUUACAAAUCAGUACUUGAAAUAGGUAAAUUAUCCAUGAAAACAUUCUCAUUGUAAAUGAGAUUCUACCCUAGCAGUAACUGCUGUUUAUCACUACACUGGAGAGUUGUAAUAGGGCAAAACAAUCUAAUUGUCUUUCUGAAUGGGGAAUGGCCUGGCUAAAUGAACUAUGGUGUAGUCAGUCAUAGGUUAAAUUACUGUAUUAGCAUUAAAAGGAAUAGCCUUGAUGUGUUCACAUGGAUAGAUCUUUAAAAUGUAAUGAUAAGGGGGAAUUGCAAGUGGUAGGUAUAUUUAAGUUAGCAUUAGGUCCAUGUGCAAAACAAUACUAUGUAUUUCUUAUGGAUAUAUAUGUAUAUGAUUAUAUUUUAAAGGUUUAUUAGAAGACAUUCCAAAUUCCUAAUUAUAUGUGGGGAAAGAUAUAGAAAUAAUUGGGAGAGAUAACAGGAUUGGGAGGUUGGUCAAAGGGAACUUGGGCUUGUCAAUAAUAUCAAUAAUAUAUAUUUAUGUUUCAUUUGAUAAUUAAAAAUUACUAUAAUUUGUA